CAAAGAAACGGACAUGGUGAGCUCACCAGUGUGGGUUUGCAAUUGACAUGCCCCGCAUCCCAGAGCUGUCAACUGUUAUGAAACCUCCACUGAAGUUCAGUUAUCGUCUCCAUCCAUUCCAGAAUCCCCAAUUCCAUUCGUUCCCUUCCAACGAAAGAACGCAGCAAUAACCAGACAUCACCACCCUUUGCUUCUUCGCUUACUUGCGCCAACAUCGACUCAAGACACCGCGGAUCAGACGUUUCAAACUCACAAGCGACCGCCCCAGAAUGAGCGACCAAGAACCCAGGUCUCUCAAGGCCACCUUCGCCGCCGCCGAAGAGAAACGCCUCUCGCUCGAGAACUCACCACCCAGCCCGGCCGACUACGCCGACACCGUUUCCGCCGCCAUCAAGCUUUACCAAUCCUGCCUCUCCCAGAUCAGCCUUCUGUCCCUCUUCAGCUCCAACGAAGGACUCGAAGACCUCAAUACCAACGACCUCCCCUACCUGCUCGUCAACUACCACCUCGCCGAGCUCAUCCAAAAGAUUCCCUCGCCUACACCCUCGCCCGCCGAACGAAAACACAUCCUUGCCCAGGCCCGCGAAGCCUACGAGCGCUACCUCCAUCUGCUCGAUAGCUACGAAGGUCUGCUGAACCCAACCUACAAGAAGCUUCUCGAGCGCUACACCGACAGCCCAACCGACUUCAGCGUCGUCUCGUCCGCCUCGGACCCCAACGCCCGUCGCAACGCCAAGAUCGCCAACUUCAAAGCCGAGAAGGAGCUGCGCCAGAAACUCGCCUACCUCCGACAACGGCCCGAGUAUGCCGCCGCCGAUCUUGAGCUAGACGAUGACGAGUCAAUAAGCCAGAGCAGAGGAGGGGGAGGAGGGGGAGGAAGCACAGGCGACGAAGAACUUGUCCGCUCCGUCCACCUCGCCCACCUUGACCUGUGCACACAUCUGACCUUCCAAGCGCUCGAGAGCCUCAACCGUGAGCUGGAGGUGCUCAACAUGGCUCCACGCGAGCCUGCCUCGCUGCCAUCCGCGCAACUACGAAACAACCAGGCAGGCAAUGACGGGGGCGCGCAGGACGACCUACGGCGGCGACAAGGAGGUGGCGCAGCGGAUCGCGACUAUAGCGACAGACUCGAUAUGCCGUUUAGCCGGUUGCAGGGCAUACUGGGUGGGAGCGGGCCGAUUUUGUCCAAGGAGGGCAGGCCACUGCGACCGUUUACGCUGACGGGGACGAGACAGGAGAUUGCCAAGGGGGUGUUUAGGCCGGGUCAUAAUUUGCCGACCAUGUCGAUUGAUGAGUACUUGGAGGAGGAAAGGAGACGGGGCGGGAUCAUUGAGGGAGGUGGAGAGGCGAGUUGGAAGGCUGGGGAGAAGGAUCCGAAUGACGAGGAUGACUAUGAGAAGUUGGAUGCGGAGACAAUGAAGGCAAGGGCGUGGGAUGAGUUUGUGGAGGCGAAUCCGAAGGGUAGUGGGAAUACGUUAAACAGGGGGUGAUGGGCCUUGGAAUAGAUUGCGAACGUGUUGUGGACGAGGGGGUAUGCUAUGGGCCAAAUUGAUACCAAAACAUUGACAUAGAAGUCAAAGUCGAAAAAUGAUAAUCGCUGAUGUUUGAUGGUCUACACCAGG